AUGGCCACGGAGUCUUGGACUGAAAACUACUAUGACGUGGAUUAUGAUGAGCCGGUGAAGGCUUGCCAGUUUGAAGAGCUGCCUCAUGCCCGCUGGAUUCUCCCAACUCUCUACUCCGUCUUUUUCCUGGUUGGGCUCGCUGGCAACGUGGUGGUGAUUGUGGUAGUGUCCAGGCGCAGCUCACGCCGGGCAGACACCUUCAUUCUCAACCUUGCCGUCUCCGACCUGCUCUUUGUAAUGACGCUGCCCCUGUGGGCAUCUUCCCUGGCACAAGGAGGAUACUGGCCAUUUGGGGCUGCCCUUUGCCGAGCCAGUGGCUUCAUCAUUGCAGUCACCCGUUGCGCCAGUUCUUUCCUCAUGGCGAUCAUGAGUGUGGACCGCUACUUUGCCGUGAUAAAGGGAGUGAAGGUGCAUCCACUCCGCGUGCGAUCCUGCUCUCUCGUGGUCUGCUGUUCAAUUUGGGCCUUGUCCGUCCUCGUUGGCUGCCCGUCGCUGGUGAGUCGGCACCUUAGCAACACCACCGCCUGUGUGGACUCCGACUCACCUAUCAGUCUUGGAUUCAAGAUGGCAGUCAUUCUCCUGACAUUUGUGUUGCCGUUUGCCAUCGUGCUAUACUGCUACUCCAGAAUGACCAAGUACCUGUGGAACUAUUUUGGCAGCCACGUAAGUGCGUCGAUGACUGCUGGGAAGCCACGGCGUGGGCACAGCUGGCUGCGCAUUGUGUCCUGUGUGGUUGGGGCGUACUGCUUCUCUUGGCUUCCUUUUAACGCUCUUAAUGCUCUCUGGGUGAUGUCUCAGUUGGGGGCAGAUAUGCCCUGCUCUGUCAGGGUUACCAUAUACCAGGCCCUGAAUGCCGCAGCUGCCCUUGCCUUCGCCAACAGCUGCACCAACCCCCUCAUCUAUGCCUUGCUGGAUGCUGGCUUCAGACGCCGGGCACAGUCAGCUCUGCCAGGGUUGUGCCUUGCCUGUCGUUCAAUACUGCCUAUGCCGGGCUGGAGCGUACCAACCAACAGUGCCACCAUAGAAAGUACCAGCAGUUACACGGACAACCGAUGA